GGUCAGUCGGUCUGUUUGCCAUCCCCUCCAGGCAAAAGCUUGGCGGCAGGGCCGAGCGGCUAGUCGUCGUCCAACACUCGUUUACAUCUGACAUGCUUCAGAAGAAGAAGAAGCAACAACAGCAGCAGCAGCAGCAGCAGCAGCAGCGGGAGCAAAAAAAUAAGAAGAAAAAAAGAAACGAGUUUCAAAAUCCUGCGUGCAGUUAAUCGUAUGAUUUAAAUGCGACGACGCGAAGUUGGCAGCGUAUUUAGUUUCGAAGUGACAGUUAUCCGUGGAGGAGAAACGAUCGCGCGUGCGCGUCGUUGCCUACUUUAAAUCCGUGCGCGCGAAAUUGAAAAUUACGUAUUCUGGAUUGUGUAAAGAGAAUUCGGGAGGAUACACGGUGAUGUGAUACAAUUUGUUGCUCUGACGUUCUUUGACGAUACGUCGCAGUGAUCGUGGUUUUUUCAAACAUGAUAUCUACGGUGAUAAAAUCAAAGUUAAUUUAUAGUCGUUCGGUUAUAGGUGAUCAUUAAACGACUCCAGAUGUGUGGAUUUAUUAUAUAAAAGUAAUUUAAAUAAUAACGGCCAAAUUGUCCACCUAGGCGAGCCUAUUAAAAACAAAUUUCGAUACAAUCGGAUAACAAUUCCGUCGAUCUGUGUGCACUCUACAUAGAUUCAGGCAAACGAUAGGAGAGAAAAAUGGGAUUGUCAGACGCGGAUUUGAGCAUGGGGGCUGGUGGGGCUGGUGGGCCAGUUUUGGGCCUGCCAGGGGCCGGUGUGGCCGGCGUUUUGUCACAGCACUGUGCGAUAUGCGGUGACAGAGCGACGGGGAAACAUUACGGCGCAGCAUCGUGCGACGGUUGCAAGGGUUUCUUCAGAAGAUCCGUCAGGAAGAAUCACCUCUACACGUGCAGGUUUAGCAGAGCGUGCGUGGUGGACAAGGACAAAAGAAACCAGUGCAGAUACUGCAGACUGAGAAAAUGUUUCAAAGCCGGCAUGAAGAAAGAAGCCGUUCAAAACGAAAGGGAUCGAAUCAGCUGUCGAAGACCGAGUUACGAGGAGCAAGGAAACGGUGUCGUCGGUUUAUCCGUGGCUUCGCUUUUGAAUGCGGAAAUGCUCAGCCGUCAAGUUGGCGCAGCGUUAGAGCAGCUCGGAAGUCCGAACAGCGAGAUAGAUCUGAGCACGAAGCAAGUGGCGAGUAUAAACGACGUGUGCGAUAGCAUGAAACAACAGCUAUUAAUUUUGGUGGAAUGGGCGAAAUACAUACCGGCCUUCAGCGAGCUCAUUUUGGACGAUCAGGUGGCCUUGCUGAGGGCGCAUGCCGGCGAACACCUUCUCCUCGGUGUUGCGAGGCGCAGCAUGCACCUCAAGGACGUUCUUCUCUUAGGCAACAAUUGUGUAAUAACAAAAAAUUGUCCUGUAAUCUUGUUGUCCACAGAGGGACGCAGCCAGGACCUCGACAUAAGCAGAGUCGGGACUAGGAUUAUGGAAGAGCUUGUCAAGCCUCUACACAACGUGCAAAUCGACGACACGGAAUUCGCUUGUCUCAAAGCCAUAGUGUUCUUUGAUCCGAACGCAAAAGGGCUUAGCGAGCCGGCCAGAAUCAAGCAUCUCCGUUACCAGAUCCAGAUAAACCUCGAGGAUUACAUAAGCGACCGUCAGUACGACAGCCGAGGUCGUUUCGGCGAGAUCCUCCUGACGUUACCGGCCCUCCAGUCGAUCUCGUGGCAAAUGAUCGAGCAGAUACAAUUCGUCAGGCUGUUCGGAGUCGCGCACAUCGACAGUCUCCUCCAGGAGAUGCUGCUCGGCGGCGCCACGGCCGAAAACAACGGCUCGGCGUCUCUGCCGAUACCGAACGCGCCCGGAAGCUACGUCAGCAGCAACGAGAGUCCGAGCAGUCCGCUGACCCCUGCUCAUCCCGGUCCCCUGAGUCCCCAGGACCACAUGCUAGCCGCCGGAAGUCCGCCUGACAUGAUGCUCAGGGACCUCACGUCGAUGAGUAACGAGGAACACACAACAGCCGCCGGUUUCAGGAUGUUCAAACAGGAGCCAAGCCUCGAGGCUGAACCGCCGGGUUUUUGACUAGACGAUGAACUUCCGUCCAUUUAUCCGGAAGAGAUGGCCUGCUGAAAAUCCUCCUCCUACUCCUCCUCCUCCUCAUAUUCGUUCCUGCAAGCUCAUUAUUAUGUGUAGUGCACGAUCGACCUUAAAUUUCGAUGCAAGGUGUAAUUAUCCGAAAUCGACAAAGACGCGACAGUGAGGACUAAUCGUAUUUGGGGUAUCGGGCCGGGAAUUAGAAAUUACAGAAACGGACGAGAAAAUUUUGUGCAUGAUGAUUCUUUGAGUGAUAUCCAGUCGGAACACAAUGAUAUGAUGUUGAUCGAUCGGUAAUAAAAGAGGAAUCAAUCACGGAUUGUUUAAAAAUUGAAAUUUUGAAACGACAAAGACAAUUUGAAUUCGGUAUACGAUUACUGAGAAAAAAUUUACUUCGCCAUUUUUUCCUGCCAAUCUCUGAAUUGCGUAUAAUACGAUAAGCUGCGUUUUAGACGAUAAGUGUUCAGUGUGAGGAACUGAGCAACGAUGACGUAUAUAUAGUCGGAAGGAUGACUGAUUAUAUAGAAAAUAUCCAAAACACUGCGAGUUUUUGAUACCGCGUAUAUAUUUAUACACCAUUGUGAACGAUAUAGCCAUAGAUGAUCAGUGCCUUGAUAAUUGCUCAAUAUAUAAUUUCUAUAUCAAAGUAAUGAUAUACGGAAAACUAUUGUAUACAAGAAACAAAUCGUUGAUAGGUUUGAACGAAAAACAAACAAAAAACAAUGUGGCAUUAUUUAUAUACCUACGAUAAACAAAUUACCUAAGCGUGUAUAUUCGUAAGUAUACACGCGUAGCAUUAAUUGAAAUUUAUUAAUGCAGGUAAAACUUGUGAUAAGAUAUAAUAAACAUCUAAACAUAUACAUAAUAAAUAAUUGAAAAAAUUGAAAAACUUAUACGUGCGAUCUUACGAUUAAUUACCAUUAUGAAAUAAUUCCGGAGUAGGAAUUUUGAGUGGUAGAAAACGAAAAAAAAAAAAAAAUAUACAUCAGACACUCAAAUUUGAGUAACUUUACAC